AUGAAUACUGAAGGGAAAAAAAUGGCCGCAAGCCUUUACGGAAGGGUAAAUGUGCCAAUAGAAAGAUGUCGAGUCAACUUUUGUACUGAUAUGGAAAAAUCUGUUUUGAUGAGUAAUUUUGAAAGGCGCGGGUGGCAUCAAGUUGGGCCCGACGAUGAGUGGAACUUUUAUUGGGCAUCAACACAAACUUGCAGAAACUUGUUCAGCGUCGAGAGCGGCUAUCGGAUGAAUGAUAAUCAAAUAAUCAAUCAUUUCCCUAACCAUUACGAACUGUCGAGAAAAGACUUACUGGUGAAAAAUAUAAAAAGGUAUCGAAAAGAAUUGGAACGAGAUGGAAGUCCUUUAGCCGAAAAAGCCGAGGUCGUGUUACAUGGAGGGCAAGUUGUUACCCGUUAUGUUCAUCUAGAUUUUAUCCCAGUGACAUUUGUUCUCCCAGCAGACUACAACAUGUUUGUUGAGGAAUACCGUAAAUCACCCCAGAGUACGUGGAUUAUGAAACCCUGCGGAAAAUCCCAGGGCACUGGUAUAUUUCUCAUAAAUAAACUGUCGAAACUGAAAAAAUGGUCAAGGGAAGCGAAGGCCCCUUUUCACCCGCAGCUAAGUAAGGAAAGCUAUGUUAUAUCUCGUUAUAUCGAUAAUCCUUUGCUUAUCGGCAGCAAAAAGUUUGACCUGCGGCUAUACGUAUUAGUGACAUCGUUCCGACCAUUGAAAGCUUACCUUUUUCAACUGGGAUUUUGUAGAUUCUGUACAGUGAAAUAUGACACAAGUGUUACGGAGUUAGAUAAUAUGUAUGUGCAUCUUACAAAUGUCAGUGUACAGAAGCACGGGGGUGAUUAUAAUAAUAUACACGGUGGAAAAAUGAGUGUACAGAAUUUGCGUUUGUUUUUGGAAGGUACCAGAGGUCGGGCUGUUACUGAAAAAUUAUUUGCCUCGAUACAAUGGCUUAUUGUGCAUUCUUUGAAAGCUGUAUCAUCUGUAAUGGCAAAUGACAGGCAUUGUUUUGAGUGUUAUGGAUAUGAUAUAAUAAUAGAUAAUCAGCUGAAACCCUGGUUGGUGGAAGUGAACGCUUCACCGUCUCUUACAUCAACAACUGUAAAUGAUCGAAUAAUGAAGUAUAAAUUGAUAGAUAAUAUUUUGACAGCCGUACUGCCUCCUGAUGGAAUACCUGAUGUGCGUUGGAACAAAGUGCCUAACCCAGAAGCUCUAGGGAACUUUGACUUGUUGAUUGAUGAAGACUUGAUGGAAAAAGAAGAGUCAGCAAACUCAACUGGUCGAGGUGCAAAAAAUAAAAAAUAG